UGUGGCGCGGGCGUACCUAAUGAAGUGUCCGCCGGGUAAUCGAUUCUCAUCGUAGGAAGUGUGCUACGCGACGAGCACUGGAUUCAAUGAUCAAAUUGUGCAUCACGUGCAGUGUCGCAGAUUCCUUUUUUCGUAGCGUACAGUUCUGUUGUGUUGAACUUUUACAAGCGUUCACUUCGGUUUGGAGUUGGAACACAAGACUUCUUUCGGUCCUUUUCCUGGAUUCAAGCAGCGUCCCAUGUUCAAGCUGCUGCUCACGUCGCAGUGCCGUACAAUCGGAACAAAGGCGCCGCCUCGUUCUCGAGCAACACUCGGGCCUCCUAUGCUACUGUACCGGUUGUUCCGCUUGAAGUUCGAGAACCGCCGAACGCAAAUCCGAACCCGAACGCUCACAACAACAACUGCGUUGAUAGAAAAUGGUCCAAUAUUGUAUUGUAUUGUAUUAGGCUAAUGCUAAUGCUAGUCCCUAAUGUUCUGGCCGCCUUCAAACAUUAGGGACAGCUACACGACGGUGUACCUAAUGGAGUGUCCGCCGGCUGUCCGACUCUCGACGACGUCUCUGUGGAGUGACGUCACGCCGGAGGAGCCGUCCGAUGACGUCACAGCCCUCAUCGGGAGACCGAGCCUCCUUUGCUCGUGUGCGCGCGUGCACACGCUCAGUGAAGUUUUUGGCGCACGGAGCCCUUGAAGAGGAGCCUCGCGGAAGGACUCGCGCACAUCGACCCGGACCCGGACCCGGACCCGGACCGAGCGUCAGGAGAGCGAGCGGGAGCCGACCCGGAUGAGCCAGCACCGACGCCCCCGGGCGGGCUCCGUGCGGGCCACCGGGAGCUAGGGGCCGCCCGGCCGCGGACGGCGGAACUCGGCCGUCAUGGUUCUGGGCAAAGUUCGGGCGCUGGCCGUGUGCUUCGACACGCUGAACGAGAGCGAGCUGCCGGUGUUCUCCGGCGGGGAGCUGGUGUCCGGCCGGGUGCUGGUGGAGGUGGCCGGGGACGUGCGCGUCCGCAGCCUGGACGUGACCGCGCGGGGGGUCGCCAAGGUCCGCUGGACCGAGUCGCGCAACGCCGGAGCCAACACGGCCUACGCGCAGAACUACACCGAGGAGCUGGAGUACCUGCACCACCGGGACACGCUCAUCGGCGACGAGCCAGGGGAUUCGUCAUCAUCGGCGGACGGCGGCGUGAGCGUGCUGCGCGCCGGCCUGCACGAGUUCGCCUUCAGCUUCCACCUGCCGCACAUGCGACUCCAUCCAGAUCUUCGCCGAGGUGGAGAACUGCUCCACGCGCGCGGUGGUGCCCAAGGCGGCGCUGUACCAGACGCAGACCUUCUUCGCCAAGGGCAAGGGCAAAGAGAUCCGGCGGCCCGUGUCGGACCUGCGCGGCGAGGCCCUGGCGCGGGGCCAGAGUCAGAGCUGGGACGGACGCGUGCUCAAGAUCCCGCCCGUGUCGCCCUCCAUCCUCGACUGCCCCAUCAUACGCGUCGAGUACGCCCUCGUGGUGUACGUGGACGUACCGGGCGGUCUCAACUUGUCGCUGUCGUUGCCGUUGGUAAUCGGGACCAUCCCGCUGCAUACUGGCGCCUCUCGUACCGCCAGCAUCAGCAGCCGCGGCAGCGCCUCCAGCUGGCUGGCCCUGGCGGAGCGCCCCGAGGCUCCGCCCAGCUACAGCGAGCUAGCCAUCCCGGAGUCGCACCGCCGCCACUUCCUGCACGGCGUCCCCGAGCGGGAACGGGAACGCGAACACGCCGGCACGGCGCUGCUCACCUACAUUACGGAGUUCCGAUACCUGCCGCCGCCGCUCUACGCCGAGGUGGACCCGUAUCCGGAGCCGGCGGACCCCGGGCGGCCCGACACGUGCCCGCCACGCUGAUGAGGGAAAACGUCGAGCUCAUCCGCCGCCUUCUCGCAUCGCUCAUACCGCCCCGCCCCCGACCGAGCCAGGAUCACGUGACCGCUCGACGGUUCGAUGGCCGGAGAUUCCCGACGGAGGGCCGCCGCCUUCCUUCCUUGCUUCUUCCACCGCCGCGCUCUUUGCACACGUGCACACGUCUGUAAACACGCCACCUAAGACCCCCGACCUCUAACCCACCUCACACACUCGCGCGCGUGCGCGACAGUUUGGAAGUCGGCAGCGAAAAAAAGGCUGACGUGGUUGUCGCCCGAUGCACUUCAACUUCAACGUGUGAGCGUGGCAAAGUCGACGUGCGGCGGGCGAAGCUCGAAGCACAAACGACCAACUGCAAAGAACCACAAGUCGCCUGUUUGGAUGUUUGCUCCAAGCAAAAUAUUAUUAUGCAGAAUAAUAGAGAAUCUUUUUUUUUUUACGACAGCGUCCAAAGAACAAAAAUAUUGAAAAAAAAUAUAAAAUGUUUACAAAAAAGAACUUCAUCAAACGUCCUUCUUGAAAGUUUGAGAGAUGACAAAAGUGCAAUAUUUUUCAUAUUUUUAUAUUUGUCCGUUUUGAGCACAACCUUUUCAGAUCUGUUGCUCUUUCCAUCUUAUGUGCUUUAUUAUUAUAUUAUUAUUGUGAUAAUCUUGCUGUCGUGUUCGACCUUUUUGAUAGAAAAAAUAAAAGUUCAUUUUAUUAAAAAAAUGUUCUCCUGCA